ACUACAGUGUAGAGAAUGGACAAGCCCCAGCUCUCAGGGCACUGCCCAGAGAGAAAGAUGAAAACCCACCAGGUGCUCGCCUUCCUCCUGCUCUCCGUCAUCGCCUCCGGGGCUUCUGAGAACGCCAGCACAUCCCGGGGCUGCGGACUGGAUCUCCUCCCUCAGUACGUGUCCCUGUGUGACCUGGACACCAUCUGGGGCAUCGUGGUGGAGGCGGUGGCUGGGGCGGGCGCCCUGAUCACGCUGCUCCUGAUGCUUAUACUGCUGGUCCGGCUGCCAUUUAUCAAGGACAAGGAGAAAAAGGACCCCGUGGGCCUCCACUUCCUCUUCCUUCUGGGGACCCUGGGCCUCUUCGGGCUGACGUUCGCCUUCAUCAUCCGGGAGGACGAGACGAUCUGCUCCGUCCGCCGGUUCCUCUGGGGCGUCCUCUUCGCGCUCUGCUUCUCCUGCCUGCUGAGCCAGGCGUGGCGCGUGCGGAGGCUGGUGCGCCACGGCAAGAGCCCUUCGGGCUGGCAGCUGGUGGGCGUGACACUGUGCCUGAUGCUCGUGCAGGUCAUCAUCGCCAUCGAGUGGCUGGUGCUGACCGUGCUGCGCGACGCCAAGCCGGCCUGCGCCUACGAGCCCAUGGACUUCGUAAUGGCCCUCAUCUACGACAUGGUACUGCUGGUGGCCGCCCUGGGGCUGGCGCUGUUCACGCUGUGUGGCAAGUUCAAGAAGUGGAAGCAGAACGGGGCCUGCAUCCUGGUCACAGCCUUCCUCUCCGUGCUCAUCUGGGUGGCCUGGAUGACCAUGUACCUCUUCGGCAACGCCGAGCUGCGGCAGGGAGACGCCUGGGGCGACCCCACCUUGGCCAUCACCCUGGUAGCCAGCGGCUGGGUCUUCGUCAUCUUCCACGCCAUCCCGGAAAUCCACUGCACCAUUCUGCCAGCCCCGCAGGAAAACACGCCCAACUACUUCGACACCUCGCAGCCCAGGAUGCGGGAGACGGCGUUUGAGGAGGACGUGCAGCUGCCGCGCACCUACAUGGAGAACAAGGCCUUCUCGAUGGAUGAACACAAUGCAGCUCUCCGAACAGCAGGAUUUCGCAAUGGCAGCUUGGGAAACAGACCGAGCGCUCCGUUUAGAAGCAAUGUGUAUCAGCCCACUGAGAUGGCCGUUGUGCUCAAUGGAGGGACUAUCCCAACUGCUCCGCCAAGUUACACUGGAAGACACCUCUGGUGAAAGACUUUAAGUUCCAGAGAAUAAGAAUCUCUCUUACCGAUUUUAUUCCCUGGCUGUGUCUUUCUUGAGGGAGAAAUCGGUAACAGUAGCCGAACAAGGCUGCCUCACAGCCAGGAGAUCUAGAAAUCCUACACAAGGGGAUUUCGUGUAAAUGUGAACACUGCUGAACCGAAAAGCUAACACCGACUGCCCUCCCGUCCCCUGCCACACACACACACACACACACACACACACACACACACACACACGUAAUACCAAACCAACCUCAAUCCCUGCAAACUAAAGCAAAGCUAAUUGCAAAUAGUAUUAGGCUCGAAAAUGUGGCUGGGAAGACUGUUUCAUCCUCUGGAGGUAGAACAGAACCAAAUUCACAGCCGGUGGGCCAGGCUGGUGUUGGUUGACUGUGGAGGUCCCCACACCAUCACCCCUCCCCAGCAAGUGCUGGACCCCAGGUGGCCUUUUGGAGAUGACUGUUUCAUUGAGAGGACUAAUGGGGACUUUUCCACCAGCUUGCCUGUUGGUUUGCACAUUUCAGGGGGGGUCAGGAGCAGUUAAGGAGUUGUGGGUGAGAUUCCAAGGUGAGGCCCAGCUGAAUCACGGGGAUGAGCUUUACAGCCAGUAGUGGGGGAGGGACCAGGGCAUGUGCCAAUGAAGAGAAGGCUAUCUGGGAGUUGAAGUGACCAUCACAUUUAGAAAGUGAUGACCCACCACUGUUCCCUCUGUGGGCCUCCUGCUGCAGGUCUACGGCAGAAAAGCAAGCCCCCUCUCCCUCCUUUGUGGAGCCAUAGCGAUAUUCUGCCUGGGGCAGCAGUCUCUUUCCCUUGAUGAGCUCUCCCUCGUCCUGCACUUGCCAGUGCACCCCCCCCCAAGCCCUUUCCCAGUUUUAUUUCCAUGUUCAUUUUAAAAGCUCAGAUGGGCCAUCAGCUGACAGCCUCCCCCCAGGGUGGCAGGCCAGAAGGCAGGUGCCACAGCAGAUUUUCCGUGAUGAUGGCACAUGGCAGGGCAUCCCAGGGGAGAGAUGACACUCCGCUGCCUAUGCAGUGAGUUCUCAGGUGUUAGGUGUUGACGGAGUGCAAGUGCCAGGGACGGGUGGAGCACUCGAGGGGUUCUUGCUGCUUUUGGAGGGUAUGUGGGACGUGUUUUGACUUGGUUUUCUGUAAGUUCCAUGAAAAUGAUUCUCUUCAAAGCCCAUUGUUUCUGUCAUGGUUUCCAUCUGUCCUAAGCAAGUCAUUCCUUUGUUAUUUGGCAUUUCGAACAUCUCGGCCAUUAAAAGCCCCAU